CCCUCUCCCGCUAUUUGAAUAGAGAGCCUGCGGAGCGCUCUUUUGUUCAGUAGCGCUCAGCUGCUGGAGAGGUGAGCACCACUGUGGCGGGCGCUCGUCCACUCGUCGCAGCUGCUGCUUCGUCCGGUGCCCCCGAAAGACGCGCGGCCGCCGCUCCGGGCGAGGCUCGCUCCCGUCGGCGCCUUCGUCCGUCCGUCCCCGCGCGACGCGCGCAGCCGCCGCGUUUUCUCCCACUCGUGCGGGGCUUCACGCGCCGCUGGAUGCGUUGGAUCGUCGCCCCGUCCGUGGCACCGUAGCACCUGCGCCGCAUCCCGCACGCCACGCUCCCGUGACGCUGCCGUAUCGCUCUACAUUCCUGUGGACCGGACCUCACUUCUCCCCGAACGUGAAGGUGCAGCAGGAUGCAGAGCCGACUGGCUGCGUGUGGACUGCAGCCCCUGCUGGCCCUCCUUCUGCUUCAGGCUGCAGGCUAUGGCGGAACCAGAGCCGACACCGUAGUCAAUAUGCGGAAGGUGACCCAUCAAACCAUUAAGGAGGAGAUCUCCCAAACCGUCCUCCUCCCGUGCCUCUUCACCCUCCGCACCAGUGCCGGCGCGACCCACGAGCCCCCCAGGAUCAAGUGGACCAAGGUGUGGGGCCAGAGAGGGUCAGACGGUCUGCAGAAGGAACAGUCGAUCUUAGUGGCCAAGGACAAUGUGGUCAAGGUGAAGAAGGCGUACCAGGGCCGCGUGAUGCUGCCGGCUUACAAUGAGAACCGCUACAACGCCAGUCUGGCUCUGACCGGCCUGCGUUCCAGUGAUUCUGGUCUGUACCGCUGCGAGGUCGUGGUGGGAAUCAAUGACGAGCAGGACACGGUUCCUCUGGAGGUCACAGGUGUUGUGUUCCACUACCGGGCCCCACACGACCGCUACGCCCUGACGUUCGCCGACGCCAGGCGCGUGUGCGCGGAGAACUCGGCGGCGAUCGCGACGCCGGGUCAGCUGCAGGCCACGUUCGCAGACGGAUACGACAACUGCGACGCCGGCUGGCUGUCGGACCAGACUGUUCGGUAUCCCAUCCAGGCGCCUCGACCCGGUUGCUAUGGUGAUCAAGAAGACUCACCUGGAGUGCGUAGCUACGGCAAUAGGUUCCCCGAUGAGCUGUUUGAUGUCUACUGCUUUGCAAAGCAUCUUCAAGGUGAGGUCUUUCACUCCUCGGUGCCAGAGAAGCUGAGCCUGGCCACGGCCUCCACCCACUGUCACUCUCUGGGAGCUCAGCUGGCUACUGUGGGACAGCUCUUCCUUGCCUGGCAAGCCGGCCUAGACCAGUGUGACCCCGGCUGGCUCGCUGACGGCAGCGUCCGAUAUCCGAUCAACGUUCCUCGGAAGAACUGCGGGGGAGAUGAGCCCGGGGUGCGGACGGUCUACAACAACCCCGACCGCACUGGCUUCCCUGACACCACAGCCCUGUUCGACGCCUAUUGCUACCAAGCUCACCAACCAUUGGGGGUCCAGGCUGCAGAGGCACUGACUGCGUAUCAGACCAACGAUCCAACAGCAGAUGUCAUUCCCUCUGUCACUGAGUCCCAGUCCAGUGCUCCUUUUUCCAAGACGUCCUCUUGGACCGGCCUGGUUGACUUGGAAAAAACAGGAGCGCACUCCUUGGCAGGCAACAGCAACUCCUCAGAAAUCUCAGAGGAGCACAUAGUCAUACAUUUGAGGCCUGUGGACGACUGGGAUGAGAAACCGAACGCCUCUAGAAGCGGCGAUUCUGAUCAGGAGGAACAAGACAGCCCAGUGAGCAGCAGCAACUUGGGCCUCAAUGACCCUGAAGGCCCGGAAAGCAAUGGAGGUUCAGCCCGCGAGGUAGAAGAUCCCACCGCCUUUGGAUCGGACACCCCAACAUUAUCCUCCACGGUGUCUUCAACUCCUCAGCCUCAGACCAGCAACAGCGUGUUGGUGGAGUUUGUCAACACUCUGAUGAGGCCCUUCAGGUACUGGACUGGAACUGAGGUGGAGCCAGAGACAGAGAAGGAACUUUCAGUGGCAGAGGAGAAACCAGGAGAGAACCAGACACGGGGAGAGGCAUCCAGCGGAAGUGUCCCCAAACCCAGUGGAAAUAAGGGCAGCAUGGACAAUGCAAUCAUGGAACAUAGGAGUGGUAGUUUUCCCCCCCGGGCUCCUGCCAGUGGACUCCACACUCCAGAGGAGGGUUUGUCUGAACAGGAGAAGGAGGUUGUGCCACUGACUCGAUUAGUGCCUGCAUUACAACAUCCAGGCCAAGGUGACACCAGCCAAGAAGCCUCCAGCACAUCUGCUGACAACUCUGUCUCCACCGUUCACAAAUCCACUGCACCAGGUCCCGAUGAGAGAUCCCCCAGUGAACACAUCUCUGCCUCUGCACCUGCUCCCGCCCUCAGCAGCCAGUUUCGUUGGGCCUUUAAGACCAUGCAUGGCUCCAGAGUAGGUUCCCCUGUGGGUAAUCGUCCCACCUGGGAGCCCAUGGAAGCCAAAGCAGGGCCCCUGGAGGUGAUGACCCUGCCCACUUCCUUCCGACAGGACAACCUAGAAAACUAUUCAGGCGAGGGAAAGGACCAGGACCGGGAGGACGGCAAUGCUCCAUCAGCUGCUAGAGCUGCGUCAGGGGAGGAGAAGGAGGUGGAGGGAAGCAGUGAGGGCAGCAACUAUCCUGGUGGAAUUGUAGUUCAAGUUAGCAGUAGCGCUAAGCCCGAGUCAGAGCCCGCAUUCAGCCAGAGCGAGCCCGUAUCGGUGGCGGAGCUCACCACCCACCAGUCCCGGUGGCAGCUGGUGCAGCAGUCUACACCCCCACCUCCAGGCUCCCGGGAGCCGGACACGGCGGAGGAGGCCCGGGGAGAGAUCCUCUACAUCCGCCGUCCUACUGAGGAGCUCUCCUCUGCGUUUCCUCGCAGGCGAGAGAGCAGUUCAAGCUCAGGCGACUCUCCUGUUUUUAGGAAGCACAACGUAGACACGAGCCGAGAGGAGGCGGUGACGGCCACAACCAAAUCUGUGAUGGAGAUGCUGGUGACUGCGGCUUCUACAGUCGAGCUCCUGACAAGCAGAGAUGCGCAGAGCACAGAUCCCACCGCCACGGCACCGGCCACGGAAAAUCCAUCCACAGAGGAGCCGUCUAUCUCCAUUUCAUGGGCUUUAGAGGACAAGGCGAGGUCGACAGGCUCAGCCCACAUGCAGGAGGACGGGGCCAGUGCGGCGCCCACCGAGGGUCCGGCCCAGUUCGCCACCUCGGCGCCGACCUCGAGGAGCGCCACGGCCACAGAGAUGGAGUCCAGGUCCGCCGUGACCGAAUCCUUCGUGCUGGGAAGCCGCUGGACGCCUUUCAAAGCCGUGAGCUCGAAAUCAGAGGAACCGAAAGCCACAAUGGCGGCGGAGAGCAACGACACAAGCAACCCUUUCGACCUGCUGGAACCCAACUGGGCCCUGGGACUCAUCCCAUCAGUGGAGAGCAACCCGUGCCAAACCAACCCCUGUCUCCACGGCGGGCGGUGCCUGCAGGAAGGCGACGGCUACAGCUGCUACUGUCCUCAGGGCUUCUCCGGAGAGAGCUGCGAGAUCGACAUUGACGACUGCCAGUCCAAUCCAUGCCAGAACGGGGGAACUUGUAUCGAUGAGAUCAACUCCUUCGUCUGCCUCUGUCUGCCCAGCUACGGCGGAGCCACAUGCGAGAAAGACACCGAGGGCUGCGAGCACACGUGGAGGAAGUUCCACGGCCACUGCUACAGGUACUUCAGCCGCCGGCACACCUGGGAGGACGCCGAGAAGGACUGCAGGGAGCACAGCGGGCACCUGGCCAGCGUCCACAGCCUGGCUGAGCAGAGCUUCAUCAGAGGUCUGAGCCAUGACAACACCUGGAUCGGGUUGAACGACCGCACGGUGGAGGACGACUUCCAGUGGACGGACAAAAUGGACCUGCAAUACGAGAACUGGCGCGAGAACCAGCCGGACAACUUCUUCGCUGGAGGAGAGGACUGCGUGGUGAUGAUCGCGCACGAGAACGGCAAAUGGAACGACGUGCCCUGCAACUACAACCUGCCCUACGUCUGCAAGAAGGGAACAGUCCUCUGCGGCGCGCCGCCCGCCGUGGACAACGCCUUCCUCAUCGGCCGCAAGCGCUCCCACUACGACAUCCACUCCGUGGUGCGUUACCAGUGUGCGGACGGCUUCCUGCAGCGCCACGUUCCCACCGCCAAGUGCCGCGCCAACGGCAAGUGGGACCGACCGAAGAUCAUCUGCAUAAGAUCAGCCCGGCGAGCCCACCGCUACCGGCGCCACCACCAUAAGGGCCGGAGAGAGCGCAGGAAGCACAGGAGGCACGGCCACAGGGAGGGCGGCCACCACGGAGGGGAGCAAGGCCAGGGCCACAGCCACGCCCACUUCUGAACCAAAAACCCGCCCCUUCCCCUGUCGCGCCCCCAGCUCCUUCCCUGCGAUGCCCCGCCCCUUAGCUCCGCCCACGGCUCUGCGCCUGUAUCCCUGUCAACUCCGGGGCCUGUCAGAGUGCUGGCAGGCGUCACCGGGACAGUGACAACCCCCUUUGUACUCUUUUUACGUUCCCCUCUCUGUUCUACCUUCCCGUCUUCACCUGUCUGUCUAUCACCCGCCCGCCUACGUGCCCCACUUAACCCCGCCCCCCCCCCCGUCGAGUUCAGCGAUGCUCCGAGUCGCCGGGCUACGCCGAGAAAUAAACCUUUGUGACCUACGCUGAAGAUUCUUCAGAGAAAAUCAGUUUGGUACAACUUGUAAAUAGGGACAACAUCACUGAAAAUGAUCAAAUGAUCAAAAUCAGACGAGUCAAGGAAAACAUCAUGCUGUUGACUUGAGCCUUUUGUCUGUUAGACACGUUAUUUUUUACGAAUACCCAGUGUUUAUUUCUUGACUCUGCUGCUUUUGGCUUCGCCGGUUUGUACUCGACUCAAAGUGACAUGGAUUUAUUCUGAGACAAAUUUAAUUGAUUUUCUUUGAAUUAGACGCAGCUGUGAGCGACGGCUGAAUUUGAUUGUUAGCGUUGUAUUAUCUCGUCAGUGUGAGGCUUUAGAUCCGAUGCUUAACCCCCAGAGGAGGAAGGAAAACGCUUCUCAUCGCGUUCGAUCUCGGUACGCGUCACUUUUCGGAGCGGCUCAAACGGCGUCAGACACCUGUCGCUGUCACGCGCUUGUCGUAACUCAGCAGCUCAGCACAAUUUUUGUUUCUCCACCAGCGUUUGCAGUGAGCUCAUUAACGUAAUGCAGCGGGGCCGGAUUUGCGUGUUUGUGGACUAACGAGAACCUGUGCUGUGCAGAGGAGGCUGAGCAGCUUAAGGCACCGCCGCGCUCCUCGGAGCAAGCGCGAGGUGCGACGCGCCCCACACGCAGCGACAGCACAGAGGAUGAAAGCGUCAUCUGUUCUCAGUGGAACAACAACAACAAGGUGGUGGUGGUGGUGGUAGUCACACAGCGGCGGCUCGGGCUCGUCUGCCGCUGUACAGUCGACGGCGGCUCAUCUAAAAGUCGACUAGGUGACACUGACAUUAUAUGAGGACAGAUUGUUGCGUGCUCGCUACUGUACAUGUACAUUUAUCAGAAGCCUUUGAUUCAUCUCUAUUUAAUGUACACGGUUCCCUUUGUUACUCUGGCCUCAUAGAUUAGAGAUGACCACGGCCCCGGCUGACGACUGUGGGAUGAUAAACCAACACUCACACAUGUCUGAGUCUCCUUUGUGCAUGAGUGAAGGUGUUGACUGAUGAUGAUGAUGAUUAUGAUGAUGAUGAUGAUCAUCAUCAUGAUGAUGAUGAUGAUGAUGAUGGAGCGGUAGUGGGGAUGAAGGCCUGGCUGCCUCUGGGCUGCUUCCUACCGUUACCGCUUUAAAGAGGAGCCUGAGUCGUAUAAACCGGCGCGGUGCCCUCGUUCCCGUCGCCUUUACUGCCGGGGUAAAUGGGUCUUUAAAGCCCGCGCUCGCGGGGGAAGCUGCUGGGAUUAUGUCGCAAACACUGACUCCGGCGUUUUGAUGUCGCUCAAUCUCGUCCCCCGUUUUCCUCUCACCACCUCUGCACUUUAGUGCUUUUGGUUGGUUCCCCUCAUUCAGCCUUCUGCGCGCCGUCGCUCUCCUUUCGCUGGAGAAUAAGCACUUCUGAGUGAAGUUCAGCCGGUUCUGAGUGUUUUUCAGCAGCCUUCAGUGCGUUACACAAAAAAGAGCGAAUUGUGUUAUAGAAAAUCCCAUGAAUAGAAAAAAAUCCAUCCUGUGCACAUUAAUUCUCCGCCUUUGUUUGUCUCUUCUCAACACUCCUCUGCUCGGAGAUAAACGAUGAACCUACACCUCUCUAUCAGUUUAAUUAAUCUACCGCAUGCCUAAUUAACAAGUGGCAUUAUCUGGAGAGGCGCAGAGUUGUAAUGACGGGACGGGCUGCGUUGACGGACAGCCGGGGGAAGGGUUAUGGUGACGGACAGCCGGGGGAAGGGUUAGGGUGACGGACAGGAGGUGCGGGAGCUGUCACGGCAGUCCAAGCCGUCGCUUUGUCGAUGUCAGGCCUUAAAAAAUGGAUUUAACACAGGUGGAUGAAUGAAAGGUCAGACAGAAGCCUCUCACACAGUAAUUCAAAUCCCAGUUGAAUCCCGGAGACGGCGGCGGCGGCAGGACACCAGGUAGUCACGGAAACAAGAUAAAAAAAAGCAGCUUAUACGGAAUUAGUUUGUGUUUUGAUGUCAACAAAACACGGCAUCCACUGAAAUGAUGUUUAAUCGUCUCCUCCGCCACUUUUGCCCAGCCACUGCUGAGAUGCCGAACAUUAAGGGAAGGAUGAUUUAUAGCACCUAAUGAGCUGCUUUCAGCUGAUAAUGUUGUUUCGCGCUGAGGUUCGGGCAGAUUUCUCUUUCCAAAGCAGCCGAAGUAAAAUGGCCGCGGCAUCAAAGGUUUAAGGCGCUGGUCCUCACUGGGCUCAGUGUGUCUGUUAGUGUGGGAGCCGCCAGCUUUUGGCGCAACCUUUGGGGACAGGGAACUUUUUCCUCUCUGACACUAUCAUGCAACCAAUGUCCUCCUUUAUUUCAAACACGGACCCUCGCUCACAGAGGAGUCCUUCUCCCUCGUGUCAUCCGUGUUUUUGUAGCCGAAGCCCCGGUGGCAGGCAGACGGAGCCGCGGCCUCAGUGUGAGCGCUUAAUCAUGAAGACGAGCGGCUCAUCAGAGGUCGGUGAGCGUCGUCACAGCCAGAAGGCUUGUUUUCACACCAUCCUAAUUGAGAGCCGGUCGCCGUCCUCACUCAUGGAGACGACUACUGAGAUCAGCACACGUGUAACUGAGGGGGAGCUGUCGUUGUUUAAACAGUAACGGAGCAGGAGCACAACUAGGUUAGACUUGAGCUUAGCGCGUGUGUGUGUGUGUGUGUGUGUGUGUGUGUGUGUGUGUGUGUGUGUGUGUGUGUGUGUGUGUGUGUGUGUGUGUGUGUGUGUGGCGGAAUUUACCGCCACAUGUCACAGGAAUUUAACGCUCAGUGUCUCUGCAGCAUUUAUACACAUGAUGAGAGACCUUAUAUACAAGCAUGAAAUAGAAAUAAUAAUAAUAAUAAACCUCAGUGAACACAGCUAUAUAAAACGUUUAGCAUUAAGCUGAUCAGACUACAGUACAUGCUGUGGCUGCACCCCCUCAUUGAUUUUCAUUUGCAGUGAGUGAAAACUGUGACUAGCAGAUUGUGUUAGAGUGACAGUAUCUAGUUAACGUGGCAUUUGUUAUUUUAUUUAGUUGAGAAUAUUGUCUUCAAAUAAUACUUUAAUUUCAUUUUAUGACAGUUUGUUUUCAUUCUAAAUAAGAGGCCUAAAUAAACACCUGACAUCUAGUUUAAUUGGUAACAGUGGCAGAAAAAGGACAAAAUGUGAUGCUGAGACUGCUAUGGCUGUAAAAUCCAUAAUGUCCCUGAACGCCUCACACGCACAGGUUGCACCGGUGUUUGUGCUCCUGUUACUGUGUUGACAUCAAAGGCAUGUGACAGGUCCAGUGAUGAGGUGUUGGUACCGGAGAGGUGGGCUCAGUGUGCAACCAGUCUGUGUCCCUGUAAAUAAACACGUCUUUGGCCCAGUCCUGUUCUGUUUUAGCUGAAGGUCAAAUCUGAAUCCAUCCCAUAACGUCGCUGUAAGUGCUGCACCAACAGUUUGAACCGGACAGUAAAGUUUUUUUAUCAUCUUCAUCGGCGACAGAUGCGCGUGUGCGUGUGCACGUGACUGGGCGCUCGGCCUCCGGUUCCGACCGUCCUUGACUGCACACCCGCAUUGAAACGCAGGGCUCGUCGGCAAUGACAGCCUGAUAAGAGUCGCGCGGGCCGCCGUGUUUCGCGGCACGCGGACAGACUAUUGAUUCCAUUAUUAGGCUGUCUAUCUGGUUCCUAUUAGGUUUGUCGAUGGCAUUGACGGUACAACCGCCGCGUGGAGGCUGUCGGAGCUCGCUGCACUCUCUCUCUCCCUCUCUCUCUUCGACCCCCCCCCCCCCCCCCCCCCCCCUCCACCGCCGCGUAGCUCCGUAGCUGACGUAAAGCUCCAUCUCUAGUGGUUUUCGUGUGACACGGCGUCUCCGUCUGAUUCCGAGCGGAGACAAUCUGUCAUUGUCGGAAAAGCGACUGUAUUCUGUGGGGAUGUUUGGACGCAGCGAUGAAUGGGGACGCGUUACAGUGAGAGAGAAUGAAGAAGACAAACGCAGAGCAGAAACCAACGAGAAACACUCCCUCUUCUCCUCUGUGAUGUAAAUACUCUGAGCUUUUCCUUUCUUUCCUGUGUUCCUUUUUUUCCUUUUUUCUGAAUCCUUUUGAGCCCUUACUGUGUUUGUUGCGUAGCCUCUCUGGACCAUAUUCACACAGCCCCAGUAGAUCCACAAGCCUGUUUGUUGCUUUGUGUUCCUCCACAUCCACGCGCCGCCGCAUCAGGAAGAGCGCAGCCGCCGCCGUCGACGCACGCGGGGCCGCGUUCACCGCGCGAGCGAACGGCGCUGGCUGCGUGUUCACGUCAGCUGUGAGCGGAGACGCAGUCUGACGGCAGCCGAGCCCCGCUGUUUGAAUGUGGUCCACGUGUAUUUAUCCAUAUUUAUUGGUGUGUGUUCUUAUGAAUUCCAGUCAUUGUAUCAUAUUCUUUACAAAACAAAGGAUCAUUAAAGGAAACCCUUGUUUGGAUCUGUUA